UCUUUCACUUCCGUCAACUUUCCUCGGUGGAUCCGAAACAUGGCGGACAUCGAGGAGGACCGGGGGCUUCUGGCGGCGGAUGCCGGGGAAGAGGACUCUCUGCCCGGCGUAGAGGAGAGUGGCCAUGUCGGCACACCGCUGCCCGCCAUCUGCGAUCCGGCGCACGUCUUGCACCGGGUCGUUGUCUUGGUUUUUAUGUGUUUCCUCGGAUUCGGAAGCUACUUCUGUUAUGACAACCCGGCUUCUCUUCAGACUGAAGUCCUUCAGGAUUUGAAUUUGAACACGGCCAAGUUCAUGCAGCUAUAUGCCUGGUACUCGUGGCCCAAUGUCAUCCUCUGCUUCUUUGGGGGAUUCCUCAUUGACAGAGUCUUUGGCAUCAGGCUGGGAACCAUCAUCUUUUCCCUGUUUGUUUGUAUUGGACAGCUCAUAUUUGCUACUGGAGCUUUGGUGAAUCGUUUUUGGUUGAUGGAAAUUGGACGUUUUAUAUUUGGAAUUGGAGGGGAGUCCCUGGCUGUGGCCCAAAACACGUAUGCAGUCAACUGGUUUAAAGGGAAGGAGCUCAACCUGGUGUUUGGUCUUCAGCUGAGCAUGGCUCGCUUGGGCAGCACGGUGAACAUGAACAUCAUGGGCUGGGUAUACAGCAAAGUGACUCUUCUGCUUGGUGCUCCGGGUCACACCACGCUAGGCUGCUCGUUCAUGAUAGCUGCUGUAACCUGCAUUUUCUCGCUAACCUGUGCUCUGGUCCUGGCAUUCCUCGACAAAAGAGCAGAGAAAAUACUCCAGAAGGAGCAGGGGAAAACUGGUGAGGUAAUUCAACUGACGGAUGUGAAAGACUUCCCCUUGCCCCUGUGGAUCAUCUUCAUCAUUUGUGUCUGCUACUAUGUGGCCAUCUUCCCUUUUAUUGGACUGGGACAGGUCUUUUUCAUCGAGAAGUUUGACUUUUCCCCUGCUGAAGCGAGAGCUGUCAACAGCAUCGUUUACAUCAUCUCGGCGCCGGCGUCUCCCGUUUUGGGCUUUGUGGUGGACAAGAUUGGGAGGAAUGUGAUUUGGGUGAUGUGCGCUGUGUGCACCACGCUGGCCUCUCACAUGAUGCUGGCCUUUACCUUCUGGACCCCCUGGAUUGGCAUGUCACUGCUGGGGUUGUCCUACUCCCUCUUGGCAUGCGCACUUUGGCCAAUGGUGGCCUUUGUGGUACCUGAGCACCAGCUGGGAACAGCUUAUGGCUUCAUGCAGUCUGUCCAAAACCUUGGAUUAGCUCUCAUCGCCAUGGCAGCAGGAGCCAUCCUCGACAGCAGAGGAUACCUAUUUCUCCAAGUCUUUUUCUGUUCCUGCAUCUGCAUUGCACUGGUGGCGGUGGUGAUGCUUUACUUUGUGGAUUAUCUAAGAGGAGGUGAUUUGAACCGGUCAGCUGCAGCCAGAGCCAAACUCCUGAAAGAAGCUACUUCAGAAGCUGAGAACACACGGCGGCCCAGUCAGCUGACAGAGGGCGACGUGGCGAGAUUGUCACCUAUGUCUGCAUUUGGCUUGCGCAACUGCCAUCUCUCCAGGUUUGGAGCACAGCUGCCACACCACUGCUCCGGCCAUCUGUCAUCGCUUGCCCACAGGAGUGUUCUGAAGUGAUGCCCUUCAUUCGGCUGCACUCCUCUGGCACUUUAGCGAUGUGACUCCAGACAAGUAUGCAAUGACAAUAAGAAAUGGGAGAACGAAAGAGCAUGUUUACCGCCUUCUGAACUUGUAGACAUUACGUUCGUAGCACCAAGCCACUUUCAACCUUCACACGGGUGAUUGUUUUCCUUCUGAGUGGACACGUAUUCUCCUUCCCCACCCCUCUGUUUGGUUUCAAUUAAUUUGUUUGGGACACAGAGCACAGAGGCUGUUGUGCUGCAUUUUUUUUAAAACCAGUGCAACCUCACAGAACACAGUAACGCUCAAUGCGGUGUCUCGAGACAAAAUGUAGACCAUCAAGACUCAAGUACAGAAGGCCCCAACUCUCAUAUUUCAGCGCAGAAAUUGUUUUGUUCAUUUAUUUGAAUCCACAACCUCGUGUAGUGUCCCGGCGCUCGGUGGUGCUACUCAGCACACUCGGCACUUUUAUAGUCCAUGAAAUGGGUGCGUUGAAUCACUUAUCUCCUAUGUGCUAAAUAGGAUGAAUCAGACUUUUGUUGUUGAUUAUUCACUAGUAGAGAUAAAAUAAAACCGAGAGAAAUAGCUUGUUAACAGUCCAGAGUUGUGACCUAAAGUUAUUCUUGCACUCAUCAGAAAUGGGGAUAUAGGAGGAAUGAAUCAGUUGCUCUCCUCAAGGAAUGAGCUACACUAAUGUAGCCCUCAAGAUUAGAAGUAUUAGACACUAAAGCUGCAUUUGCAGCAAAAGUUAAACCAACUUUUAGUUACUUGUACUCCCUGGAGUUUUCCUGUGGCCAGUUGAGUGUCCCCAAAGGUCCCAAAAUUGCUGCAGUGCAAUGCACCUUUUUCAGGGCCAUUUAUAAGUGUUCAAAAGUGUACUUUUAAAGGUACCACAAGAGAACCAAGACCCCAAAGUGACCGAGCUGGUCUCACUUGUCUUUCCUAUGAGUGUUACUGCUUUUUCACACCAAAAUAAAAUCAUUAGAGGUGUAAGGAGUUGUUGUUUCAACCAUUAAAGGUGUUCCCAUGACA